AUGACAGACUCUGAAAAUAAAACCUUUCAAGGACUUAAGCGGUCAAGGUCAGCACAAUGUGCGCAACUGACGAAACUGUAUAAGGAGUUGGAGCAAUACGUGAUUUCUCAUGAUAAUGAUGAUCUUGUUGAAAACUUGUAUGUGAAACUGUGCGACAAAUUCAACGCUUUCAAGAACAUACAUUUAGAGUGCCUAGACUUAUGUGACGAACCCGCCGAUUGUGAAAAUCUAGAACAAUCCUAUGAGUGUUAUCAUAAUAAUUUCUCAGAGUUUCAGGUAAGAUAUGAACAAUGGAAGUCAUCGAACCAGUAUAAUGAAAAUGACGAAAUUUGUAGCAAUGCGUCAUCAACGUGUAAAACGAAACUUGCGAGUUCCAAAGCUAAACGUUUGAUUGCUGAGCAAAAGUUAAAUUCUCUUAGAGAAAAACACGAGCUUGAACUGGCGCGCAGAGAAAUAGAAAUUAAACAGCAAGAACUUGAAUAUCGGUGUGAAUUAGAGCAAGCGCGUAUUGAAGAAUCGGUCUGGCACGAGGCAUUGGAGGAAGAAACUGGUGAGCACGUGCAAGAUUCGUCAUAUGUGAAGCAGACGACUGUAAAUGAUUUCACUUCCGGUCAUGAACAUGUGGAUAAGAACAUAAGAAGUGCACACGACGACUGUGUAAUUAUAAAUACACCUAACAACACUCAUUUGGUAACGGAGCAACGUAAGAAUGGAUCAAUGAAUCAGAACGCGCAUCCAUCUGAGAAUGUAGUCACGAGGGUUUUGAGAAAUACAGACACUAACGUUUUGAGAAAUACAGACACUAGCAUAGAAUCAGCUUUUCAGUUGCUGGCAAAUACGUUACAAGAAGGAUUCAACUUACCAAAGCCGGAGCUCCUGAGAUUCAGCGGUUCAACAUUGGAAUACUGCAAAUUUGUGAAUAAGUUUGAAACAAACAUUGACUGUAAAGUUCGUGACGACAGGUUACGACUUAGUUACUUGAUACAAUACUGCGACGGAGAGGCAAAGAGUGCAAUAGAAGACUGUGUAUUACUGAGUCCAAGUGAAGGUUAUAAACGAGCAAGAGACAUUUUGUACUCACGGUACGGUAGGCCACAUAACAUUGCUAGAACUUAUGUAGAUAAAAUUGUUAAUGGUCAUUCCUUAAAGGCGUCUGACACUAAUGGUCUUUCAGAUUUAGCACUUGAGAUGAGAAAAUGUGAAAUUACUUUGUCUCAGUUAGGAUUUAAGUCAGACAUAGAUAACACAGACAACUUACGUCGCAUUGUUAGACGUUUGCCUAUGCACGUCCGCGGUAAAUGGGUAGAUAUUGCACACUCAAUUACUGAGUCUGGUAGGGAACCGGGCUUUUUAGAUCUAGUGGAAUUUGUAGAAGAAAAGGCUCGAAUCGCCACUUCCCUAUAUGGCCUUGACCUUGCAAAUGAGAAGAGUCAUGGUAAGAUUGUUGAAGAUCGAACCUUUAAGUCAAAGCCAAGUCCUGCACCUCGUAGAAGUAAUGCUGUCAGUUUUGCUACGAAUAGUGCAGUAAACAAUCCUAUGUAUAAGCCGUCACGUAAGUGCUAUUGUUGUUCAGGUAGUUGUAAAGAUUUAGCUUCAUGUACGAAAUUUACAGCCAUGAAUUUAAAUGACAGGGAACAGUUUGUAAAAAAGAACAGACUUUGUUUCAAUUGUUUAAAGGGCAAACAUUUUUCUAACGUUUGUAGAAAACCUUCUGGGUGCAAUGUAUCAGAAUGUAAAACUAGACACCACUUUCUUUUACAUAAGUGGGUAGAUAGUAAAUCUGAUCACACAGAUCAACAAUUUGUCGUAAAUUGCGCAACUAAAAGCGGAUCUUCUGUGAAGAACCGUUUAGGUAUAAUACCUGUACUUAUUAGAGGUAAAAGUGGGACGUACUGCAAAACUUAUGCUCUGCUUGACGAGGGAGCUGACCAAACAUUAUGUGAUGAACGCUUGUUGAAAACGCUGAACCUACCCUCCAAACCUGUGACGUUCAAGAUGUCUACAGCAAGCUCUUCCGGUAUUAUUGUUGAAGGACAGGAAGUUGAGCUGCACGUGCAACCGGCGUCAGGUGGUAACGACGUUACUUUGAGAAAAGUUUGGUCAGUAAAAUCUCUUCCAGUAUCAACUAGAUCUGCUGUGAGAAACGCUGACAUCAGAGAUCUACCAUAUUUAUCUAAGAUAGAAAUCCCUGAAAUCGACUCUAGCUCUGUGAUGCUUCUUAUUGGAACAGAUGCACCACAGGCACAUAUACCCAUAGAAGUGCGUUCAGGCCACCAUGAUCAACCCUACACCAUUAAAACUCAACUAGGCUGGGCAGUGCGUGGACCUGUUACAGACACUACAACACAGAAAUCAGGUAAUGUAAAUUUUCAGCAGUCAGCUGAUGUAUUGUUACAACAACAACUUGAGAAAAUGUGGACUACGGACUUUGACGACAAAGUGAAAGUAGAAAGAAAUUCAAUGUCUCUAGAAGACAAGAAAGCUUUAAACACUAUGAACUCUUCGUUGAGAUAUGAAAAUGGACAUUACAAACUGAAAUUACCAUGGCAUGACGAGAAAGCAGUAAUGCCUAACAACUUGACUCUUGCGCAUGCGCGACUCGAACAUUUGAAGAGGAAGUUAGCACGAGAUCAAGAGCUGCAUAAAAUGUACACAGCAUCAGUAACUGACUAUAUCCAGAAAGGACAUGCACAGGAAGUAACACACAUUGAAUCUGAUAGUAACCGCGUGUGGUACUUACCCCAUCAUCCUGUGACGAAUCCUAAUAAGCCCGGAAAAGUGAGAGUUGUAUUUGACUGUGCCGCCAAAUACAAGGGAAUUUCCCUAAAUAGUCAACUUCUACAGGGACCCGACUUUAUGAACAGCUUGGUUGGCGUUUUAAUCAGAUUUCGUCAAGGGCCCGUUGCUAUAGCAGCCGACAUCGAGGCUAUGUUUCAUCAGGUCCGUGUCGAAGAUUUAGAUUGUGAUGCCCUACGGUUUCUAUGGUGGCCUGACGGGGACAUGAUUCAACAACCUAGAUGCUAUAAGAUGCUGGUACACCUAUUUGGCGCGACCUCAUCCCCAAGUUGCACAGCAUAUGCAUUAAUACGAACAGCGACGGAUAACGCACAUAUUUAUAAACCAGAGGUAAUCAACACCAUUAAAAGAAACUUUUACGUUGACGACUGCUUAAAAUCAGUUUCUUCUGAUAAGAAAGCAAUCGAGUUAGCCGCAGACUUACAGUCAUUGUUAAGGAGAGGAGGAUUUCGUCUGACGAAAUGGCUCAGCAAUAAGAGAUAUGUCGUUGAAUCUAUCCCAGAGUCAGAACGAGCGCCAUCUUUAAUGAAUCUUAGCAAGAGCGACAGUUUGCCAGUAUAUCGUGCCCUCGGUGUUCAGUGGAAUGUAGAGAAAGAUGAACUCAAAUUUAAAGUGAAAGACUUUGGAACAUUAAAGAAUGCCCAGCUACAUGUAUUCUGCGACGGUUCUCAACUUGGUUACGGCGCAUGCGUGUACUUGAGAUUAAAAGAUGAAAAGAACCUGAUUUCGUGCUCUCUGGUUGCUGGAAAAUCACGACUAGCGCCAAUAAAACAGACAUCUAUUCCAAGACUUGAACUUUCAGGAGCAGUUGUCGCUUCCCGGCUUUAUACGUUAGUAGCAGACGAACUAGAAAUAAACAUUGACAGUGUGACAUUCUGGACAGAUUCUAUGAUUGUCCUUGGAUAUAUUAAAAACGAAACCCGGAGAUUCAAAACCUUUGUUGGAAAUAGGGUAAGUGAAAUUCAUAAUGUGACGUCACGAGACCAAUGGAGACACGUAGAUACGGCUUCCAAUCCAGCAGACGUCGCUUCUAGAGGAAUGCAUGCCAGUGAUUGUAAGACAAUGAAAUUUUGGAUGCAUGGACCUGAAUUCCUUCAAAAAGAUGAAAGCCAUUGGCCAAGCCACCUAACUAAACCUGAAUUAGACGACGACGACACUGAGCUGAAAAAAGAGGUUGUCCUCAACACAACUAGUGCAGUUGAAUCCAUUCAAAGUAUAAUAGAUAGAUACUCCAGUUGGACGAAGCUGAGAAGGGCCGUUGCUUGGUUACUAAGAUAUAAGGCAUACUGCAGACGUAAACACUUAAACCACACCUUGGGACUGAGUGAAGGUGAUUUAAGCACCAAUGAACUCAACAUAGCAGAACAUACCAUAUUAGCGUUGGUUCAACGUACGUCGUUUACCGAUGAGAGAAUAUGUCUACAAAAUGGGAAUUCUGUAAGAAAAGACAGUUGUUUAGCAUCUUUGAACCCGAUUAUACACAAUGACCUGAUCAGAGUACAAGGACGCUUACGAUGCGAAUAUCCAAGCAAAUAUCCAGUCGUACUACCUAGCAAACACCAUGUAACAAAACUAAUAAUAAAACAUAUCCACGAACAUAAUGGCCAUGUUGGAAAAGAGCAUGUACUUUCUAUGUCACGUGAGAAAUAUUUGGAUUCUACACGGACCUAG